GCAUUACCUCAAACAUAUCAAAACUAUUAGCAUACACAAAUAUCAAGCUCUAGCUCCAAAAAAAUGGCUUCCAUCAAUUUCUGGUCAUUCAUUUUACCACUUCUACUCAUAACUUUUUCAUCAAUGACAAAUGUUGAAGGGGCACGUGACCUACACAAAGUGGUUGAAGUUUCCAAAGUUGAGUUGCCACCACUACCUACUCUUCCAUUGCCACCACUACCUACUCUUCCAUUGCCACUUACAGAACCACAAUUGCCACCAAUUCCAAAUUUAGGUGUUCCAAUUCCUGAUAUUCCUGUUGUACCAACUAUCCCUCAAAUUCCUCAAAUUCCAACUGUGCCUCAAAUACCUCAAAUUCCUAAGCCAGAGUUACCUAUUGUGCCUAAACCAUAAGUGCCUAAAAAUUUCAUGAAUUCUAUAUAUCUACUAUUCAGCUAUUUUGCUUUAUAGUAAUUUGUAUUGUAUUAUGUGUUUGUUAAAAUUUGUUUGUGUCAUUUGAGGGUGUUUUUAUUUGUACUUUAUGACUAUGUAUUAUUGAAUUAUAUGUUGUGUUCAGUUUUAAUGUAACAUAUUGUUUUUUUCCCUGAAUAAUAAUGUAACAUAUCGUUGAUUGUCAUUUGUAUCA